AGGAAUGAGGAGAGGAUUGGUGGCAAAACAGGAGAUGAGGGAGGGAAGAUGGAGAGAAAAGGCAAUACAAGGGGCGACGGGGAAAGUCCGUCGGCAAACAAGGAUGGGGGUAAGGAUCGGGAUGUAGUGAUGAAGGAGUGGACGGAUGAUAUGAGGGGAAAGGGGGGGAAGGGAUCCUCAAAGGGUUUGGAGGGAGGGACUGAUGAAGGCAGUGGCAGGAACAAAGAGAGGGAGAAGCGGCCUGAGGUGGUGCAUAUCGAGAGGGAUGAAGAAUUAGAACAUGGGAAUUUAGUCAUAAUUAACGAGUCAUUAGCGCAGGGGCCGCAUGAUGCGGCAAAGAUUCCUCCGGCUAACAAUGCUCCGAUGGAUAAUGGGGAGGAGAUCGAGGAUAUGGAUGAAGAUAAACAAAAGUCUAGGGAAAAAAGGAAAAGGGAUGAUUCUCAAAGGGAUGGCGAUGUUGACCCGUACUCGGAUGAGGAAGUUGUAAAAGCCAGCAAAGCUCUUGUAAUUUACAAGAGAGAAAGAGACCCCUUUUUUCGACCCCCUCUCUCCCCUGUCUCCUCUGAAUCCGAUCUGAGGAGCGACGAAGACGACGAUGAUGAUGGGUUCUUCGGAUCGGACAGGGAUGACGGGGAGGGGGGGGUUGAAUCUGCACUACAUGUCCUGUAUGACGCUGGCUCCCCUGAAGUGGAGAUCAAGGAUCCUAAUGCUAAGACGUUUUUCAAUCAGGCAUACGAGGAGGAGGGGGGAGGAGACUCCGGGCCCGGCCCAGGACAGUCGGAAGCCCCGGCUAACUCCUGGUUGCAAAACCCAGAAAAUCCCGACCAAUUCCUCAGAGUCAUAGGUCCAGAUUUGGUCCAGGGUGUUAAAGUUCAAAUAUGGGUCCUGAGGGAGGGUCGGAAGGGUUUGAAGGCCUUGACUCAUGCUGGGGAAAGGAUCUUAGUGAACACAGGGGGAUUCCUGGAAAGCAGGGUUCGGUCUCCUGACCCGUCACUGCACUCCAAGAACCUCCUUCUAUAUGUUGAUGCGUCGAAAAUCUCGGUGGAACCAGCGCAGUUUGGCUGGCCAGGUCUGAUUCACCCCACAUCCUUCUCCCCAGCAUUCCUAUACAAACCUAAAUGGGGAGUCGCGGUGCUGAGAUCAAAAGCCAAGAAACAAGCCAUGGUGGUGGCAUCAGCGAGAAUGGMAAAAGAAGCAGGUUUUCAACUCGGGUCGACGGAUUUGUUUCAACUAUGGAGAGCUCUGAAGCGGAUUCCCUCUCAGAGGCAGGCAAGCCUAAUGUGGCUUCAGUCACUGUUGUCCACACCAUCAGCCACCUGGCUACAGUCCAGAGGUGAAGAGCACAUUCAUAUGGGGCAUAAGUGACGGGGUGACGAAAUCGGGACGCUAGAACGGCCUAAAGUGGAAGGGAGAUAAACACGAAACGAGAUU